AUGGCUGCCGAUAAUGUUGCCACUCUCGACCCCCGCCUUUUUGACGAGGAUGACAACGCCGAGGAUCUGUCCUAUAAGCAAAUUAUCAAUUCUCUUCUCACCCAGAAGGCAAGCCCGGUGCAGGCCGCGGCGAGAAUUGACGACUGGGUGGUUGGAGAAACUAACAGGAGAUACAACGAGCUCAAGCAGCGCGAACCUCCAUUCAGCCUUACGGAUGAAGAAAAGGACAGCAUAUACCUUGUAGGGCCAAAUCCAUCCCGACAAAUCUCCAUGAUUGUCGGAGCUAUAGCCAGGGUUUGCUCGGCAUAUCCCCCGGGCCACCCUGUGCAGGACGCCCUCGUCGGGCUUUUCCAGGCCCUAAAGGCAAUGCCAAAGCACGAAGUACGAGAUCUCAGCUAUGUUGAAGCAUCAAAUGAGCCCUCUUUCGAAAGAAUGCUCGCCCUGUGGCCAUUUGGUACCCCAUCAGUCGAGUACUUGGCGCAAAAGUUCCAGCGUGAAGCUGAGGAACUCGCCUACCCAUUUUCCGAAGUCGAAACGCCGGGGAGCGAGUUCCAACUACGUUGGAAGAAUCUUCAGGGCUUCAUCUCACGACUCACGUCUCUCGAUCUGAUCGACUGCAGCAUUGCUAGCGCCUUGGAAUACAUUCUGCCUACCCAUUACGCAUAUCCGGACCUGAAUAAGCGCCGCCAGGGUGGGCCAAACCGAAUCGAGGCUGAUCUCAUUGCCGCAGCCCAAUGGCUUGAGCCAGACCAGCCUCGUCAGUGGGUUUACAACCAAUGCAGGGGUACUGCAGUAGGAGAUGGGAUGCGUCAAAUAUGGAGCAUGGAUAAAUGGAACCUUUUCAAGGAACAGCUGUCAUUCUUCAGCUCGGAUGAGCGAUUCUCGCAGGAUACUCGGCGCCUGGCGGAAUCGCUGCGGGAGAAGAUGGAAACGCAGGGGUAG